AUGGUAUGCUACAGUCAACAACCCUACUUGACAACGGAUGAAAGGAUCAAAAUUGCCGGUUUUCAGAGUGAGACACACAGAGUAACAACACGUGACGGAUACAUUCUCACACUUUUCAGAAUUGUCACGUCAGCAGAAAAUAACACAGGUUCACCCAGAAGGCGGUUCCCAAUUCUACUCCAGCAUGGCUUUUUGAUGUCCUCCGACUGUUUCCUUGUCAAGGAUGAUGCUACAGGUUUUGUUUUGGCAAGAGACAACUGGGAUGUGUGGCUUGGUAAUUUCAGAGGCAAUAGCUAUUCCCGUAUGCAUAAAUGGUUGUCACCAAAUGAGCCACAGUUCUGGAAUUACAGUUUUGAUGACAUUGGAAGAAAAGACCUGCCAGCAAUGAUUGAUUAUAUACUGAAGUACACGAGAAACCCACGUCUGAAUUACAUUGGACAUUCUAUGGGCACCUCUACAUUCUUUGUGCUGACCUCAACGAUUCCCAGCUACAAUAGGAAGAUAAAUUCCAUGGUUGGCAUAUCAGCUGUUGUGAGAAUGGCAGGAUGGAGUUUUGCGAUCAAAAAAGAUGAAUCACUUAUCUACAACUACUUGCGGAAAUUUCAUAGAUUCGACUACGGACGUGAAAGAAAUUUGAAAGUUUGGGGUUCAGAGACACCGCCUCUCUAUAAUUUGAGCAAAGUUCGGGCUCCUGUCAUAAUAUACUAUUCCAGCGGUGAUGUGAUUCUGGAGCAGGACGAAGAGAUCUUCGCGAAAGGUCUACCGAAUCUGGUGCAUUUGGCAAAAAUACCUUCUGUAGCCUUCAAUCACAUGGACUUUUGCUUCACCACUUUUGACUUGAACUCGGAAUAUCGACGAAGAAUGCUUGCUUCAAUCACAGAAGAACUUUCAAAACGAGAUGGGGAUUUGUCUUGGACAGAUAAAGUCGUGAAAAAUAUAUGUGACCAUGAUAAGGACUGUAUCAAAGUUUUAUGAACUGGAAUCGAUCGAAACAGAAAUCUCCACUGCACUUUAUUUACAUGAUUUAGUUCAAUUCUUCAUGCUAUAGUUUGCUCCUUAUGAUUCAUUU